AUGGCGCCGCCACUCGUCGCCAUCGUCCGGCUUGCCACUGCCUCCCGUGUCUUGGUCCUUACUCUCUCUCUGCUCGCUCGCCUUCUCUUCCGCCCAUACGACACCUCCGCCUCCCUUCACCCGCCUUGUCUCUCCUCCCCCUCCUUCCCCCCUUCCGCCUCCUCUUCUAAUUCCACUGCUACCGCCACCGCCAUCUCGUCCCUAGCUGUAUGGGACGGUGUCCACUUCGCUCGCUCUGCUGAGUGCGGCUACGAGUAUGAGCAGUCAUUCGCCUUCCUCCCCCUGCUCCCAGCCUCAAUCGCUCUACUCUCCCGGUCCCUGUUCGCGCCGCUGGUGCCGAUGCUGGGGUACAGGGCCGUGCUUGUGAUCUCCGGGCAUGUUCUGAACAAUGUGGCAUUUGUUGGCGCCGCGGCCUAUUUCUACAGAUUAUCUGUGCUGAUCUUGAAGGACUCAGGAGCGGCUUACCGUGCAUCUGUUCUUUUUUGCUUCAAUCCAGCUUCUGUGUUCUACUCAUCACUAUAUUCAGAAAGUCUUUAUGCCCUUUUUUCGCUCGGAGGGCUCUUCUACCUGUUUUCCGGUGCUCGUACCGUUGCAAUGAUAAUGCUCGCUCUAUCUGGUUCAGCUAGGUCAAAUGGAGCACUUAAUGCUGGCUAUAUCUGUUUUGAGGCUUUGCUACAAGCAUAUGAUGCUGCUAUCCAGAAGAAAAGGCCCAUGUGGGCAGUGCAGGCCCUUGUCACUGGAUUUUUGCGCCCCACUUUUGUAUUCCUACCAUUCUUUGCCUUUCAAGCAUAUGGAUAUUUGAACAUAUGCGUACACGGGGACACGGAUGAGCUGAGGCCAUGGUGCAAAGCAAAACUGCCCCUUUUGUAUAGUUUUAUUCAGAGUCACUACUGGGGAGUUGGUUUCUUGAGAUACUUUCAAGUCAAGCAGCUGCCCAACUUUCUUUUGGCUUCACCAGUACUAUCUCUUGCAGUUUAUUCUAUAGUUCACUACACAAAAUUGCUUCACCAACUCUUCCAAUCAACUAGCAUACACGAGCAGAUAAUUGCCAUUGUUGACGGGAGGUUAGUUGAAGCAUAUGAAAGCUCAGAUGUUGCCACAGUGUUGAAGAGUGAAAUUUCUACCGGACCACAUAACAAAAAGCAAGGGAACACUGAGGUUAAGAAGAGAAAAUCUGUCGCGGCCAGCGCUGCUUCAGCAGCAUCUUUAGAUAGCAAUGUAUCAAGAGGCCGAAUUGUGGGAGAUAACAAGGAUGAGUGCCCCUUGCUAGUUCUUCCUUUCAUUUUACACCUGACAUUCAUGACAUUUACCGCCUUCUUCGUGAUGCACGUCCAGGUGUCAACGCGGUUUCUGUCUGCCAGCCCCCCGAUCUACUGGGCCGCUUCGCGCAUUUUGGCUCCUGCAAGGGGCGGCUCUUGCAAGAGAUGGGGAUACUUCGUCAUCGUUUACUUCGUUGCUUAUAUUCUUCUCGGCAGUUUGCUCUUCCCCAACUUCUACCCAUUCACAUGA